ACCACGUGGCCGCAAUUGUUCACUGGGGAUUUACGAUCGAGGGUGCGAGAUCUGACUGACGUCAAGUAAUCCAGGAUCUCGUGGAACAUGCCGAGAGCUUAAUUCGAUCAUAACAUCAUCAAGAGGAGAUAAUACAUCGCCGUACAGUUUGACAACUUGAAAAAAUAUUGCUGCAACGUCACAAGCACAAACAGAAGCAACAACAGCAGUAAUCUGUCGAGCGGUGUCAAUCAAGAGGGACCAUUGCCGACCGUGUUACAGGAGGUUGCAGUACCAAUUAUCAAUAAUACCGUAUGUGAAGCGAUGUAUAAAAACGCGGGUUACAUUGAGCAUAUUCCACAUAUAUUUAUCUGCGCCGGUUGGAGGAACGGCGGAUGCGACUCCUGCGAGGAUGACAGCGGCGGUCCAAUAGUCAUCCAAAGAGCGCGAGAUAAGCGAUGGAUUCUUGCUGGAAUCAUCAGCUGGGGAAUCGAUUGCACUGCGUCUGAUCAACCGGGCGUUUACACACGUAUCUCGGAAUUUCGCGAUUGGAUCAAUCAGAUCCUGCAGUUCUGAGCGUCUCGGAAAGAGCGUGAUCUGCGCUCGAAAUUCGCGCAUUUACAUCGCGCCGACUCCUACGGACGUUUGUAACGAUCGCCAAGCGGACAAACGGCACCAUCUGCCGGAGAUGUGAGCCAAGUGCAAUUUAGAGGAAAAAUCUAAGAGAUCCCAACAUGGGGAUUCACAGAGAUUUGUGCGCGUGUUGCAAACUUGGAUGACAUGUGGAGCCACUGAUUCAAUUUUCCUAUGUAAAGCCGUAACAUAUGCAUGUACAUACACGCGAUUUUCCGGGAAAAUCUGACAUGUUACAACAAUACGAAGGGUACAAUCGAUUUGCCUAUCAGAGACAUUAUGGAUAUCAGUAAAAGAACAUCAAACUUUAUAAUGAUGAGGAUUGAAAUUUUUGAUCAACUUAGAGAGACUCCUUUAUCUAGAAUUGAUUUAAAAUAGUUAAUAC